AUGAAGAACCUCCAGUUGUUGAUCGCUAUUUUCUGUGGCUUCCUGUGUGUAUUUGCUUCAACAACGGCAGCCAAGCGACCUGUUCGACCCUUGCAGGGGAAUUUUUUCGAGUGGAUAAGUUCGAUAUUUUUACCACCACCGGGAAGUACGAGCACAACAUCGCCAAGUGGAUUACAAACCACUGAAAUUACCACAAGGAAAUCCACGACAAAAGCACCAAUAACAACUUCCACAACAUCUUUAAUAACUGGAGUUACAACUUCAACAACAGCUCCAAUAACUUCACCAACAUAUUCACCAGUGCCCAAUUUCCCCAUGGAUAGAUAUUGUGUGACCUGUCGCUGUGGUUUUAUCAAUACUCUGAACAAAAUUGUGGGCGGUGAAGAGACUAGAGUUCACCAAUAUCCUUGGAUGGCUGUGAUCCUUAUACACGAUAGAUUCUAUUGCUCGGGAUCACUGAUAAAUGAUCUGUAUGUCCUAACAGCUGGUCAUUGUGUAGAGGGAGUUCCUCCAGAACUUCUUACUCUACGAUUCCUGGAACACAAUCGAAGUCACCCAAACGAGGAUGUUGUGAUUAUCCAGAGAUAUGUGACCAAAGUAAAGGUUCAUGAGCUCUAUAAUCCUCGGAGUUUUGACAAUGAUAUAGCUAUUUUGAGAUUGGAGCGACCAAUAGAUAUGGAGAAUCGUCGCAUAAGACCCAUUUGUUUGCCCAUUCAGGGUCACAGUUUUGAUCACGAACUGGCGGUGGUCACAGGAUGGGGAGCCCAGAAGGAGGGAGGCUCGGCUAGCGAUACAUUGAGGGAAGUUCAAGUGGUUGUUAUACCGCAAUCAGAAUGUCGAAAUCAUACUACCUACAAGCCUGGACAAAUCACAGAUAAUAUGAUGUGUGCUGGAUAUAUCUCAGAGGGUGGCAAGGAUGCCUGUGGUGGUGAUAGCGGUGGUCCCCUUCAAACUACCUUUGACGAGCAGCCAGGACAAUAUCAACUGGCAGGGAUAGUGUCCUGGGGAGCAGGAUGUGCCAGACCCAAGUCCCCGGGAGUGUAUACAAGAGUCAAUCAGUAUCUUCGGUGGCUAAAAUCGAAUACCCCAGGAGCCUGUCAUUGUAUGCCUUAUCCCGAAGAGGAUUAUUAA